AGUGUAAUUUUAAAUUUUAUGGCAACCGACAUUGUAAGGCCUAACUUGGAGAAGAUCCCAAAUCGCUUUGAUAAUGUUAGGAAUCUAGAACGUAAUUCUAAGGACAACGAGAUUUAUGUAGAUGGAGUAAAUCUUAACGGGAUUGUUUCUAGAGUUCACUCUCUGUUUGACCAAAAAAUAUAUCCUAAUGUAGCAAACAAGAGGAGCCUACGUUACGCAAAGAAAGACAAAAUGGAGGAGCGGGAAAACGAGCCUGCGGAGGGCGUCCCCGACAUGACGCUGAUGCCGCAGAUCACCGAGGCCGCAAUCAACGACAACCUCAAGCGCCGCUACAAAUACGACCUCGUUUAUACCUACACAGGAUCCAUUCUAGUCGCAGUGAAUCCCUACAAGGAGUUGGGAUGUUACACAACGAAACACGGUGAUUUGCUGUCGAACUCUUAUGAGAAGAGACGAUCAUCACGUUCGUUUAUUACUAACAGGUAUCAAAAGUUUGAAAUUAAUAUUGACAUGUAUGAUUUCUUGUUUACAUGGAGACAUGUACAAUCACGUCUAAAACAUCUCAACUGCCAAACUAUACCAAAAUAUGCAAAAUAA